UUACUAUUUUCCCCUUUCAAGUCUCACUUCGAAAUCGUCGAGAACCUUUUUUUUUCUCUGUGGUUUUUCGGUGAUAUUGAAAAAAAAAAAUGCAUGGUGUCGUAAUGUGGUACUUGGUAUUGUUUUCCGUCGUCCUGCUUCAUUCGGCACGAGGACAAAUCAGUUACUCCAUUCCAGAAGAAAUGGCUAAAGGCUCUAUUGUGGGAAAUGUCGCGCAGGAUUUGGGCUUGGAUUUACAACGGCUGAGGUCAGGAAAAGCGCGCAUAUAUACGGGCGACAGUACUGAAUAUAUUGGUCUCAAUAAAGACACUGGCUUCCUGCUCAUCAAAGAGAAAAUGGAUCGCGAGUCUCUUUGUGCAAAAACGAUCCCAUGCGCUUUGCACCUUCAGCUGAUUUUGGAAAACCCCAUGGAAUUAUACACGAUUACGGUUGAAAUUACGGAUAUAAACGAUAAUCCACCCACGUUCCAGAAACAGCUAAUUGAGUUUGAAAUCAGUGAAUCUGCUGUAACAGGCGCGAGAUUCAUGUUAGAAAGAGCUGUGGAUGCAGACGUAGGAGUUAAUGAUCUUCAAAGCUAUUCACUUAAACCGACUGAUAAUUUUAUCCUUGAACUGCACAGUCAAGCAGACGGCGAUAAAAACGUCGAAAUUAUUUUGCAAAGACCUCUUGAUAGAGAAAAGAAAGGAGUGGUUACGUUAUUGCUAACCGCUUUUGACGGCGGUGAUCCGCAGUUGUCUGGAACUGUUCAAAUACAUGUUACUGUAUUAGACAUUAAUGAUAAUGCUCCUGUAUUUACGCAGAAGGUAUAUAAAGCCAUUUUAACUGAAAAUGCACUGAAAGGGUCUAAAUUGACCACAGUCAGUGCCACUGACGUAGAUGAGGGAUCUAAUGGUCAUGUGACGUACUACAUUGCAAGCACUGAAGAUAUCGUGCGAAACAUGUUUAUUAUCGAUCAGCAUAGUGGCGAGGCAACUUUAAAUGGCCUCGUUGACUUUGAAAGAGCAAGUCGAUACCAGCUUGAUAUCCAGGCUAAAGAUCAAGGGGGGCUUUCUGAUUCCUGUAAGAUGAUUAUUGAUGUGUUGGACAUUAAUGAUAACAAACCAGUGAUAAGCCUUUUAUAUCAGUAA